AUGCUGCCUUGGCAACGACAACUCCAAACCUCUAUCUUCCCACAACCAAAUGAACAAGUCUUCCGAUUUAUGCUUGCACAGCAGCACAUGCAUCUCCAGAACUUUAUCCAGCAACAACGGAAGAUCCAAAUGAUGGCUAUCAAUCCAGUUCUCCCAAUGAUGGCUGAUAUGAAGAAACAGAAAUUUGACUUUACCCAUAUGGCUGAUUCAAUUGAGUCCGAGCAGAAGAUCAAAGAAGAAAGUCUUUCUCCGAAGUCCUCCCCAACGCUUCUUAAUACUCCAGUCCGAGCAUUUGGUCCUUGUGUGCAGCCAUGGUUCAUGAUUCCUGGACGGGGAAGAACAACUGGUAGAGCAGCAAGACCGAAGAAAGAGUUCAUUUGCCAGUAUUGUCAAAGACACUUCACCAAAUCCUACAACUUGUUGAUCCACGAAAGAACUCAUACGGAUGAACGACCAUAUUCUUGUGAUGUCUGUGGAAAGGCCUUCCGUCGUCAAGAUCAUCUUCGUGACCACAAGUACAUUCACCAAAAGGAUAAACCAUUCAAAUGCGAACUUUGUGGGAAAGGAUUCUGCCAAUCAAGAACUUUACUGGUCCAUCGUGCUACUCACGACUCCUCCCGUCAUAAUAUGGGAACUCCAAUGCUUCCUAUCGUGAGUGAUGGUGGUUCUAUGCCUGAGUUGGAUCCAAGAGUUACUCUGAUCCUUCAGAAUCUCACGGAUAGCUUCAAUUCGACGCCGAUGACAUCUCCACAAAUCUCGCCGAAUCGGGAUGAUCUUGACACCUCCUCCGACUAG